UUAAAAGGCCCAGCUCCAACGUCGUCCUAUCUCUUAGACCCGGACGCUUUGCCCUAGGGCUCCCCUCUGUUUUCGUUCCAUUUUUCAUCUCCUAAAAUGGAUUAUAGCAUCUCGGCGCCGGCGCCGCCCAUUGGCCUCGCCGUUCUCUCAAAAACUUUCACCAAGCUCCUCCGCUUCCGCCAUGACAACUUCAACUCAAGCACAACUGCCCCCAUCACUGCCAAGGAAGAAUCCCUUUACAAUAACAAACAUUCCAGCGACAUCUCCCAACACGGCCAGAAAGAAAUAGAAUCAGUUGCAGCGAAAAUCUUCGCUGGAGUAUCUGCAGUCAAGGCCGCGUACGCCCAGCUCCAGCUCGCCCAAACACCUUACGACCCCGAUGCCAUUCAAUCCGCUGACCAAGCCAUUGUCACCGAGCUCAAGCGGCUUUCUGUUCUGAAACAGAGCUUUCUAAACAGAGCAGAGCACAGCCGGACCUCAAAAGGAGCUCAGCCAGAGCUCUCCUCCCAGGUCCAGGAGCAGCGUAACCUUCUCAAAACCUAUAAAAUCACCACCACGAAGUUGGAAUCCGAGCUACGGUCUAAAGACUCCGAAGUCCUUUACCUCCAAUCGGAGCUUCGCGCAGCUGAAAAGCGGUGUCGGGUUCUGGAAGCCCGACUCAGGCCCGGCCGUACCCUUGCCGCAUUAGAUGAGCUUCAUCUAACCGGCCUCAACCCCACCCACUUCCUCACCCUCCUCCGCUCUGCGGUCAAAUCCAUACGUUCCUUUGUCAAAAUCAUGACCCUCGAAAUGGAAUCCGCCGGGUGGAACCUUGACGCUGCGGCUAGCGCGAUCCAACCGGAUCUUCUUGGCCACUGUAAUUUAAAAAACAGAGUCUUUGCCUUCGAGUCUUAUGUCUCGCGGUUAAUGUUCUCUGAUUUCCAGAACCCCGACUUUAGCCUCGGAGGACCCGUACGUGAUCGCCAGGGGUUUUUCGCCGAGUUUAGCGAGCUUAAAUUUUUGAAGCCAAAACAGUGCAUUGAUACAAAAAUCCAAUUUGAGAAGUUUUGCAGGGUGAAGUAUUUGAGAUUGGUGCAUCCGAAGAUGGAAGCUUCGUUCUUUGGUGACCAGGAGCAACAGGUGGCGUUGAGCUCCAGCCAAGGGAUCCUUGAGACGGAUUUCUUCGAGGGUUUCUCGGAAAUGGCGAGGCGAGUUUGGCUUCUUCAUUGCUUGUUCUUUUCUUUCGGAACAGGAGAGAAAGCAGCCAUCUUUGAGGUCAAGAAGGGGAGCCGGUUCUCGGAGGUGUAUAUGGAGAGCGUUGCAGAGGUGGAACUUGGUGCUGAUCGCCGUCCGGCUGUGGGUUUCACGGUGGUACCGGGGUUUAAGGUGGGGAAGACGGUGAUUCAGUGCAGAGUGUAUCUGAUAGCUAGCAGCAGCAUACAGAAGGACUGAACGGUGGGGAUAUCACAUCAUUGGUUUGCGGGCCCGAUGCUUGUCCUCCGAUGUGUUGGUUCCG